AUGGCUGCAGAUUUAGCCAUUACAUUUGUACCUGCAACACCACCUACUGAUCCGAACUGGGGUGAAACAGUGCGAUACCACCGUUCGGGUCCUGAAAAAUUGAGAAAGUUACAUUUUUACUUCCACGAUAUCGUCACAGGCGAUAAUCCGACAGCUAUUUCGAUUGCAAGAGCGCCGGUUACAAAUUCUUCUCCGACAGCUUUUGGGUUUUUGUACAUGAUGGGUGAUCCAUUAACCGAAACAGCAAACCCAAAUUCUAAACUUUUGGGUCGAGCUCGGGGUUUAUUUGGAGCUUCUUCUGCGCAUAAUGAAAUUUCAUUAAUCAUGGGGAUAAGCAUCGUUUUCACUGCGAAAGACAGGUUUAAAGGGUCUACUAUGCCUAGUUUGGUAUCGUUGUGA